AUGGCGGAUGUCCAGUGUCAUUCCUCUCCCAAAUCAACCACUGUGUUUGUGUGUGUCACUCUGGUCUACAAUUUGUGGUCGUCCGCUCAGCCUCCACUGAAGUUACAUCUGCACAUACAAGCCCCUUCACCACCUCUACCCCCCCGCUCCUCUCGUGUUCUGGGCCGGUUUCGGAGUGAAGACAGGAUCCCUGAACUGCAUCGGGUACGGCUGAGGCAAACUGAGCUACGGCUGAAUAUCAGCUUUGCAGAUGAGAUCAAUUGGCUUCGCCUGGAUGCCAAUGCCCAUCCAACCAUCUCUCGCUCUGCCCUCUUCACUUUCGCUCUCCAUCGUCCACCUAACUCCUCCUGUAUCCUUAUCUAUACACACCUGCAUGUGUCUACACACACAACACAAGCAGCCAGCUGGCUUGGUUUUUUAGACACGGAUAUCAGGGCCUGUGAAGCAAUUCUGGCUCUCGUCUCUUCAAAGGGGUCUCUGCCGAUGGUUCAGUGUCGUCGAGGUGUUUGGCAGUGCAUAUAUCUUAUUCAUGCAUUGGGGGAAGCUACGAUGGAUAUUGCAAGGGAAUCUCUUACUUCUAUUGCGAUUCAUACGGACGAUUGGAGGCUCACCUGCAGAGUUAUUAAUGAGAUUAACCUCAUUUUUCUACAUCAGUCAAUUUUUAUGAGCUGUGUAUGGCUUAGUCUCGGCUUUUCCGCUACAGAGCCUGCUGAUUGCCCAACCGGUGACAAAGGACCUUCUUCUGGCUCCAGGCGCCCAGACGUCUCAUUAUUCACAGCGAAGCAGUCUCAGCUUCCGCUGAUCGGGCCUAAUCUAGCCGGGCUGACAACAGAGGGAACAUCGAUGGCUGAAUCAUGUCUUCCCUUGACCUGUUCACUUGUCAAGGCUCAGAAAGCCAAACAACCGGUUGACGGAAGAGUGUCCCAACGCCAAACUGGUGUUGAAUUAUCCAGAUCCCUUUUCAUGUAUGGACUCCACUUCAGACUCUUUGGGCCAAACGCAGAAAGCAGUUCUAUACGGCAUCGGUAA